AAGGGAAAUUCGGGUUCCGCUCCGUCCCAGACGGAAAGGGCGGCAGGUCGUUCGCCCUUUCGGUGCCGAAGCCCCCUGGCCAGCCUGCCGUCGAGUGCAAAACACGUGUUUCCAAGGGCCCCCAGCAUCCCGUAAUUACCGAGUCCUUUCUGCAGGCCUUAGCGACGUCAAAAACUACAUCUCCCAGGAAGCUCCGCGAAAGCCGGCCUCACCUUGCGUCAUCACGUAGUCCCUCGCCGCAUUGGAACAAAAUAAUCCCUUCGUUUUUCUCAAGGUACGGGGGGUAAUAGUCCCUUUUCCUCCUCGCCGGAGCAAUUCUAAACGCCAUCGCGACAAGGAAGGCUGCGUCGGGGGAGGUGGCUCAGCGGCCGGGCGAAGGGAAAGGAAAGAUAGCGAAAGAAAGUGCUGCGGAGGAAUUUCCCCCGCCGCGAGACGCCGCAGCGAGCGGAGUGCAGGCGACCGAGAGGGGCUCAGGGGACUGUCCUCCGUGCGGGGGCCUCUGCGGGCCCCGUCCCCGCCUGCCCCUGCCGCCAGCAGGCCGAGAGAUGGAAACCUUGAUGACUAGCUCCACCCUGCCACCCCUUUUUGCAGAUGAAGAUGGCUCCAAGGAGAGUAAUGAUCUGGCUGCAACUGGGUUAACCCACCCAGAUGUUCCAUAUAGCAGUGGAGCCACAUCAUCCACCAACAAUCCAGAUUUUGUGGAGGAUCUCUCCCAAGGUCAGUUGCUUCAGAAUGAGGCUUCAAAUACAACAGAAGGCCCUGAACAGAGACAUGAAGAUGAGCAAAGAAGUAAGCGAGGAGGUUGGUCCAAAGGAAGAAAGAGGAAGAAACCUCUUCGAGACAGCAACGCACCCAAAUCCCCCCUUACAGGAUAUGUUCGGUUCAUGAACGAGCGUCGAGAACAGCUUCGAGCAAAGAGACCAGAAGUCCCAUUUCCAGAAAUCACAAGGAUGUUAGGCAAUGAAUGGAGUAAACUGCCUCCUGAGGAAAAACAGCGCUACCUUGAUGAAGCUGACCGAGAUAAGGAGCGUUACAUGAAGGAACUGGAGCAGUAUCAGAAAACUGAAGCCUACAAGGUCUUCAGCAGGAAAACCCAGGACCGUCAGAAAGGAAAAUCUCAUAGGCAAGAUGCAGCCCGGCAGGCCACUCAUGAUCAUGAGAAAGAAACAGAGGUAAAGGAACGGUCUGUUUUUGACAUUCCUAUAUUUACAGAGGAAUUCCUGAACCACAGCAAAGCUCGGGAGGCCGAGCUCCGCCAGCUCCGGAAAUCCAACAUGGAGUUUGAGGAGAGGAAUGCAGCCCUGCAAAAGCACGUGGAGAGCAUGCGCACAGCCGUGGAGAAGCUGGAGGUGGACGUGAUCCAGGAGCGGAGCCGCAACACCGUCUUGCAACAGCACCUGGAGACCUUGCGGCAGGUGUUGACCAGCAGCUUUGCCAGCAUGCCCUUGCCUGGAAGUGGAGAGACACCUACGGUGGACACCAUUGACUCAUAUAUGAACAGACUGCACAGUAUUAUUUUAGCUAAUCCCCAAGACAAUGAAAAUUUCAUAGCUACAGUUCGAGAAGUUGUGAACAGGCUUGAUCGUUAGGGAAUGGUCUUAGAGCUCCGUGAUGUUCUGUAAGUGGUUUUACUUGUGAGGAAUGAGAAGCCAUCCGUGGAAAUUUGAACUGAGUGGAGAAAGAGAGGGGGUACAGAUUGCUGUGCUUGGGAAAGGACUGUCAGUUAGGAGUUCAAUGCCUUCACCCUGGGAAGCCGUAGGAGAGAGCAGCUAGAGGACCAUGGAUACAAACUUCCUGUGGAACCGUCCCUGUGCAGCUUUGGAAGCGUACAGCUACUCUCCCGGGUCUUCAGUUUCCUGUCACCCGCAUUUCUUUCUGAUAAAGUGGGUCUGCCACAAAUUCCGCCCACCGGGCCGCCCUGACACUGACAUCUCCUGCAGCAGAAGGGAAGCCUUCUCAUUGCUCCGCUCCACAUGGGACCCUUUUAUCAUGGCUCCAGUUUUCUUACCUAGCUGUCACUUUUUUUCUUAAAACCUUUUGGGGGUGAUUUUUUUUUUUUCUUUCCUUCACCCCCACCAAGUUCGACAUCUCCAUUUUCUGACCUCUGGGCUCUGUUGUGCAGCAGGGCUCUGAAGGAGAGCUUCUUUCAUUGGACAGGCCCAGGCUUCUCCCAUCAUUGUCCUGCUGUGACUCCAAAGAAAGGAGCUUCUUGUUGACAGUGUCCUGUGGAGCAAGGCUGUGUUUCCUACCCUACACGGUGCGCAGUGGGUGCCGGCCCUCACUGAGGCUUUGUGAUUGCUGCCCUGAAGGAGAAUGCUCUUUCCUUCCCCCUUGCUACUGCCUGCUGUUUCCUAAGCAUUGCUCCUGCACAGACACCAUGUCCCAGCCCCAGCAAGGCUCUUCUGUUCCCAUCUGUUGGCAAUGUCUUGUGGAGCAUUUUUGCUAAGGAAAAGGUCAUUGGUAAACAGGAAAGAAUGGGAAAAGUAGCUUCUCAUUUGGCAUUGAAGAGAAAAAAAAAAAACCCAAAGUUUAUCAUGAGUGGGAACUGAGGGAAUCCUUGUCUGCUUGAGGUAUACUGAUGCAGGGAUAGGGAUAGGGAGAAACGUUCAAAAUCGUCUCUUGAGCUGACAAACAAGGGCAUGGAGGAGUUUGUCUUCGUCCUCCCUCUGUAGUCAUCACCGCAAAAUCGAUGUCGAAAGGACAGGCUUCCCUUCCUUUUCUCCUCUUAGGAAGUGAUAUUUUUUAACACCGAAAGGGAAGAAAUGUUUCUGAUUCUCACCUCAGGGUUUUGUUUUCUUUUGUUUUGAUGCUCUAGAGCACAAGGCUGACAGUUGCAGCUGAGAUCUUUGGAACCAAAGUGGGGCCUGCUGAGCCCAUUGUCUAGGCACCACGCCACGGAGGCAGGUGGAAGUGUGUCCCCUCACAAUCUGCUCAUGAGCCAGGGUACAAGCCAGAAACCCCCGUCGUGUUGCUGCACCGUCCUGUCUUCCCAGCAUCUCCUUACCUGAUUUCUUUAUUAGCCCAAAGGAAAUAAAAUAACAACAAACAACCCUUUUAAAAAAUGUUAUGUGAGCACAUGUCAAGUUUCCAUGCACUGAAGCCCACACACCACUGCCUGGCAACUUCUUAGAAUAGGAGCCCAUCAUUAUCUGUCGCCAUAAGCCUGGCCUGCUUUGUUCUGUAUUUUCCUGUUUUCCUGCCCUCACCUGCUGUUCCUGUCACUUCGCUCAGACUCCUUGCCUGCUCAGUCCAAGCUAGAACACCCUGUGUGUGGCAGAAGGACAGCCAAGCCAGUUCUGGAAGUUUGUAUCCACUGUCUGCCAGACACUUUGUCUCCCUCUUCUUUCCUCCUGAUAUCCUUUGUGUCGGUUUUGUGCACCUUUGUUAGCAGUGCUGUUGACCAAGAAAGGCUGUAACUUGGUCCAGAGGUUGUCAUUCUCCAGACUCUAGCUGGUCCAUCUGACACUGACGUGAAACAUUUGCGUAUUCAGGAAAGCCCAAGAUCUAGCAAGAGGCUACAAUCUAAAACCAUUUUCACAAAAUAACACAGCCUACUUUUGAGAUACUACCUCUCCCAGUAGCUGCACACCUGACUCUGGUGGCUGGGAUUUAGCUGCCACAAAACUGUCACAUUCUGUAAAGCAGGUCUGUGUUGCUCAACCAGGAGGUGGUAAGUGAGGUUACAGGCUAACACUGUACCUAAUUCAUGUUUCCCAGUAAACUUGUAGAUAUUCCUGCACACUUAACAGAUUUGUCUCAAGAAAUAAAUUGUUGCCUAUUCAGUGUUACAGAUUUCUUUUUUUUUUUUUUUCUUUCAUUAAAACACAAGCAGCAGCUGAGGAAAGUAAGACAAAGUGUUUUAUUUCUGACAUUAAAUUUUAAGAAAACAAUUUGUGUGUAUGUGUUUGGAACUGUUGAAAUGCCAAGUUUUCUGUACAAGUGUUUUUUGUAAUUAAACUUUUAGAUUUUCUUUGUUUUUGAAGAAGUUGAUAUGCUUGCUUGACACUUGCCUCAUUAAAACUUUUCUAUGUUGAAUCCACCUCAUUCAAUUUUCCCUGCAUUGUAAUAAAAAAAAGUCCUACCUCUGCCUUUUCAUCUUAAA